CUCGUUUCGUAUCGGACGUGCGUAAAAGAUGGACAUCGCUGCCAGGAUUCCCUGAAAUAUUUUGUGCUCCGUUUCUAUCAAAGAAAAGAGAAGGGCAUCAUCAACUAAUGGGAACAUUUGAAUGAAGAUGCUGUUGGACGGUGAAAGUGGAAGGAAACACAAAAGCAUUUAACACUGCAAAGCUUACAGCAAACUUCUGUGAAACUGCCAAAAGCUGUAUGGAUAUCAAAUUAUCUACAAGCUGGAUCAUUUGUCUUCGUCUGUCUUUCAUGGGGGAUGUAGCUGUUCUGUUCUGGCUUUCUAAUAUUUUCCAAGGCGACAUCAAGUUUGGUCCCAAAAAAAUAAACUCAAUUUCGGUGGCCUCACGCCGUCUUUACUAGAGAUAAAAGAAAGAGACAACAAGCAAACCUGUGCAUCUGUCGUCAUCUCCUUCCUACAUGCAGCUCCCCGCUCAGCUUUAUUGAAAAGGAGGAGCCCAUUAACGCAUUUGAUAGAUAGGAAAGGCUCGGUCUGAAGGUGUUGCCGCGUGCUGGCUGCCGGUUGGAGAUGAGAUAAGAGAACAGCGAAGAGAGAAAAGAAGUGCCAGUCUGACCAGAGCUGAAUACAAAUUAGGAUUCUUGUCCCCUGCUGCAACAAAAGUGAGACGAAUCAAUAUCAGGGAGGCAAAAUGGACCAAUUAGGCCACUUCAAUUACAGGGGCAUUAGCUGGGAACUAAAAUGAUGGAAUUAGAUGUUUGCUAAAGGUGGAUAUGAAAUCACAUUGCAAUACAAAGGAUGGGAAAUAAUGAAGGAGGGCGACUGACCACGUGCAGUCUAAGCUAACGAUGUUCCGGCGGCUCUGAAAGGAACUUCUAACAGCAGCAGAGGCGACAUGGAGCUGGAUAAUAGCUCGCUGGAUUUCUUCACCAGCAACUUCACAGAGUUACCCAACAACAAUACGACCCCACCAUGGAGCGAGGCCACGCUUCUCGGCCUCCAGAUCUCCCUGUCUGCAGUUUUAGCGCUCGUCACGCUGGCUACCAUGCUUUCAAACGCCUUUGUCAUCGCCACCAUCUUUCUGACCCGCAAGCUCCACACACCUGCUAACUUUCUGAUCGGCUCGCUCGCCGUGACAGACCUGCUUGUGUCCAUUCUAGUCAUGCCGAUUAGCAUCCUCUACACUGUUAGCAAGACGUGGUCGCUGGGGCAGAUCGUUUGUGACAUCUGGCUGUCAUCUGACAUCACCUUCUGCACCGCCUCCAUCCUGCACCUGUGUGUGAUCGCGCUAGACCGCUACUGGGCCAUCACGGAUGCUCUGGAGUACUCCAAACGCCGCACCAUGCGCCGGGCGGCGAUCAUGGUCGGAGUAGUGUGGGUGAUCUCCAUAUCGAUCUCAAUGCCUCCUCUUUUCUGGCGGCAGGCCAAGGCCCACGAGGAGCUGACGGAGUGCAUGGUGAAUACAGAUCAGAUCUCUUACACUCUCUACUCCACUUUUGGCGCCUUCUACGUGCCAACAGUGCUCCUCAUCAUCCUCUACGGACGAAUCUACGUGGCCGCACGCUCCCGCAUCUUCAAGACGCCAUCCGCCGGGAAGCGCUUCACCACGGCGCAGCUCAUCCAGACCUCAGCUGGCUCGUCUCUCUGUUCUCUUAACUCUGCCUCCAACCAGGAAGCACACCUACACGCUCUCGCAGCAGGAGGAGGCGGAGGAGGAGGGUCGCCUCUGUUCAUGAACAGUGUGAAAGUGAAGCUGGCAGACAGCGUGCUGGAGAGGAAGCGGCUGUGUGCGGCUCGGGAGAGGAAGGCAACCAAGACGCUGGGCAUCAUCCUGGGCGCGUUCAUCAUCUGCUGGCUCCCGUUCUUCGUCGGCACGCUCGUCAUGGCGAUUUGCAAAGAGUGCUGGUUCGACCCUGUGCUUUUUGAUAUAUUCACCUGGCUGGGUUACCUGAACUCCCUCAUCAAUCCUGUCAUCUACACCGCCUUCAACGAUGAGUUCAAACAGGCCUUUCAGAAACUCAUCAAGUUCAGACGAUUCACCUAAAAAACAAUGGAUUAAAACUCUGGAAAAGACAAAGAUAUUUAUGAUGAUAGAAGUGCUGUACACUUGAAUCUCCCUUCUUGUAAUCACAUGAAAAUUGUGGUUUCUUUUUACAUCAAACAGCUCUGUGCCAUAGCUCUUUACAGACCUGCUCAUUUCCUCCAAAGACUCCUGCAUGCAUGCUAAAAAGAGAAAAACCCCUAAUCAUCUUAAAAAGAUUUGAAGUUAAUUUUUGUGUCACAUGGACACUGCUGUUAUCAAAGAUUUAAAAAGAGCAAAGAUUUGGUGUAUUAUUGUAUAAAGGGAACAAACUCAGAGAGAUUUAAUCCAGUGAAAAUGAAAAGCCAUGAAAUAUGUGUCGUCUUAAUCUGUGUC